AUGCCAAUUCCAGAAUACAAACUAUGCGUUUUCGGCAGUGGAGGUGUCGGGAAAUCAUGUUUGACUAUGCAAUUCGUACAAGGAAUCUUUCUCCCAAAGUAUGAUCCAACGAUUGAAGAUGUGUAUAAAAAAACUGUAGAAAUUGACGAAAAACAAUACUCAUUAGAAAUCUUAGAUACAGCUGGAACGGAAGAAUUCUCUGCAAUGAGAGAUCUAUAUGUGAAAAAUGGACAAGGUUUUGUUCUUGUAUACUCGAUCACAUCUCAAGCAACGUUUAAUGAUUUAAACGACUUCUAUGAUCGCAUAAUGCGUGUAAAAGAUGUGGAAAUUCAUGGUCAACCACCGCUCAUCCUCGUUGGAAAUAAGAGUGAUCUAGAAGAUGAACGAGUUGUCGGCCGUGAAAUGGGUCAGGCGCUGGCAAAGAAAUGGAAAUGUACGUUUCUCGAAACGUCGGCAAAGGAUCAUGGAAAUGUGAACGAAAUCUUUUUCGAUCUUGUUCGACAAAUCAAUCGCACACCAAUCGGCACUCCGGGUCGCGGUCCACCCCGAGCACCAGCUAAUGACAAUUCAGGGCAUCAUGGCCGUAUAGAUAGUUCAACAUCAGCUAGUGCAGGACGUUCACAUGGGCAAUCACGUAAACACAGCCAUCGUCUGGAUAAAUGUAUUCUUUUAUAA